CUAACUCACCCGAUGGACUAUGUCAUGAACUCAACGACCACUAACGACUUUUACAAACAAAAACCAAUUAUUAAUAGUUCUCAAGCAAAUAUGUAAGUAUUACAUUAAAUGCUGAUGGACCGGUACAAUUGUAAGAGAAAAGAGGAAUUGUUUUUCCUAACCUUAAAACCCUAAAAUCACGAAGAAAAUAUUCUUGAAAAUGAUGUCUGAUGACUCUGAAAAUGAUGGGAUUUAUGGCGAUAGACUGCACGAAAACAAUGUUUAUUAUAAAAAAUAUAAGUUACUUUUGGAAGAAUGUGAAACCAUACAAAAAAGCAAUGAAAGAUUAGUUUUCAGAAUUGAAGAAGUGAAAAAAAUCACGAAACGUAGACUGGAUCAAGUUGAAUACAUAAAAGAACGCCUAAAAGCUAGAUACUCAGAAGACUGGACUGAAAUACCUCAAGCAGCUUAUGAGGCAAUGGGAUCAAAUCCACCCUCUAAACCAAAGAUCAAAGAAGAGAAGGAGUCCAAGCCAUCAUCCACUAACAAAACAAAGAAACCAACCCAGCAGGGUGAAGAAAAACCAAUAAAAGGCAAGAAACCACCUAGGCGAAAAGUCUCCAAGGCGGAGAAAGAUCCGCGAGCGCCAAAACGCCCAUCCAAUCCAUUCUUCCAGUUCUGCCAAGAACAGCGUCAACCGCUGAUGGAGCAGUUGGUAGCCGAGCUGAAACCCGGCCAAAUUGAACCGAACAAGCAGGAAUUGACGCGGCAGUUAGCAAUCAAGUGGAAAACGCUGAGCACGGUGCAGAAGCAAGUGUAUGUGGACAUGUACGAGCGUUCGAAAGAGAAGUACGCGGCGGAGAUGACUGAAUAUAAUUUAAAAAAAUAAGUUCACUCAACAAAGUGAUAAAUGGAGGAUACGAUAUGUAAUUCAUUAAUGAUUUACGAGUGAAUGGACUGUCACUGUAGAUAAAUCGUGUGCAUACCGUGAUUUUGUUUAGUUAGCAUGCAUUAACACUCGUUUUGUGAUUAGUUUUUUAAGAAAAUUUCAAAUGAUGAAUGUACAGUUGAUUUGUAUCAUAAUUUCUUAGGAUAUAGACUUGAAAUAGAAUUGAUUCUUGCAUGCAUGAUAUACUGUUAUCAAACUUGCAUUUCAUUAAAAUUUUACAAGAA